AUGGUCGUUUUAACUAGAAAAUUACUGCGAGAUUGGAAAUCCUUAAACCGUCACUAUUCCCAUUUUAGCGCAAGGGAAAAUGCUUUAUUUUGCAUCAGACCUCAAGAUUCUAAUUUACACAUCUGGCACUUGGUAAUUUUUAAUCCAGUAACAAAAGUGGAAGUAUACCUAAAGCUUUAUAUUGGUGAUGAGGAUGAACCAAGUAUCAUAUUGAAAUGUUUAACUCCUAAUACACUUUUCCCCAUCGGUAGAAGUGUAUCAUUAACACAUCUAAACUAUUUUCUUGUGGAAGACGGAUUUUUACCACUAUUACAACAAAUUUGGAGACUUUUCUUUGAUAAUUGCGAACAGAUGGGGAAUUCAAGAUUAACGUUUGCUUGGAAUAGAAUUAUGUGCAAGGAAUUCAAAAUUCACUUCCCGGAACUAUUAGGAAAUUUAGUGUCUGGUGAUUAUUCAAUGGUUAAAAACUACUACAAUGCAUCUGGUGUCGCAAAUCCAAACGAUGUAAUGGACGACACCCAACCGGUUUUAACAACUCCCAUACAAUGCCAUUCUUCAAAUGGUGAUACUACAAAUACAAUUGCAUGUGAUGAUUUCCCUAGAUCUCAAAAGAGACAGCGUUCUACUGGAGAAUCUGUAGAUUUCAUUACACCGGGUUCGGAUGAUGAUGACGGAACCCCCCUCAGAAAGAGGUUGAGAAGGUAG